AUGGACCUCUCAAAUUUUGCUUCAUUUCUUUUGAUUCUCUUUCUUUUCUCUGUUCUUCAAACAUCUACCACGGCCACCAAAAAGCCAUACAUCGUAUAUCUCGGAUCGCAUUCUCACGGUUUGAGUCCUUCCUUGUUGGAUCUCCAACUUGUAACAAAAUCCCAUUAUGAUUUAUUGGGAUCAGUGUUGGGAAGCAAAGAGAUAGCCAAGGAAGCUAUUUUCUACUCAUACAAUAGAUAUAUCAAUGGCUUCGCCGCAAUACUCAAUGAAAUACAAGCAGCAGAUCUUGCAAGAAUUCCAAAUGUGAUUUCUGUUUUUGAAAGUAAGGAAAGACAAUUGCACACAACAAGAUCAUGGGAUUUUCUUGGACUAGAAACACAAGAAACAGUUCCUUCAGACUCUAUUUGGAACGUUACGAGGUUUGGUGAAGAUGCAAUUAUAGCUAACUUUGACACAGGUGUUUGGCCAGAAUCCAAGAGCUUGAGUGACGAAGGAUAUGGGCCCAUCCCUUCAAGGUGGCUGGGCAGUUGUCAAAGUGGCUCUCACCCCAACUUCCGUUGCAACAGGAAGCUAAUUGGAGCAAGAUUCUUUAACUUAGCGUAUGGUCCACUCAAUGGCAGCUUCAAUUCUUCUAGGGACCAUCAAGGCCACGGAACCCACACUUUAUCCACAGCCGGUGGCAACUUUGUCUCUAGAGCUAAUGUUUUUGGCUACGCAAAUGGAACUGCCAAAGGUGGCUCACCACGAGCCCGUGUCGCGUCCUACAAGGUCUGUUGGGAAGCGGAAGGUGGAGGGUGUUUUGACGUGGAUAUCUUAGCUGCCUUCGAAGCUGCCAUUGGUGAUGGGGUUGACGUUAUCUCAACUUCUCUAGGUGCAAUUCCCACAGACUUCCUAAACGAUGGGCUAUCUAUAGGAGCCUUUCAUGCAGUUCAGCAUGGCAUCGUUGUUGUUUGUUCGGCUGGGAACUCAGGACCAACUCCUAGAACUGUAUCAAACGUGUCACCAUGGAUGUUAACAGUUGGAGCUAGUACCAUUGAUAGGGAGUUCACAAAUUUCGUAGUCCUUGGGAACAAGAAGAAACUUAAGGUGCUUGCUUAUAUCAAACACAACCUAAACUUAGAAAACUUGAAUUGA